UCGGAUCUUCAUCCUGGCUUCAGGAGUAGCAGUCGUCACUUGUCAGCCGGUCCAAUACACUACAGUCACAACAAACUAUGGGAAACUCCGUGGAUUUAGGGCGGCAUUGCCUAGUGAGAUCCUGCGCCCUGUGGAGCAGUACCUGGGCGUACCCUACGCCAUGCCCCCUACAGGAGAAAGACGGUUCCAGGCACCUGAACCACCCAAUUCCUGGUCUGGCAUCAGGAACGCCACGCAGUUUGCCCCUGUUUGUCCUCAGUUCCUGGAGGACAGAUUCCUGUUGAGUGACAUGCUGCCUGUUUGGUUCACGGCUAAUCUGGACACGGUGGCUACUUACGUACAAGACCAGAGCGAGGACUGCCUGUAUCUGAACAUCUACGUGCCCACAGAUGAAGAUGUAAGCGGUGAGGAAGAGGACGUGCUCAAACCGGUGAUGGUGUACAUUCAUGGUGGCUCUUAUGUUGAAGGAACGGCGAACGUGAUUGACGGGAGCGUCCUUGCCAGCUACGGCAAUGUCAUUGUCGUCACCGUCAACUACCGACUGGGAGUUUUAGGGUUCUUGAGCACAGGCGAUCAAGCUGCCAAGGGGAAUUAUGGACUCUUGGACCAGAUUCAGGCUCUCAGAUGGGUAAAAGAGAACAUCCAGGUUUUUAAUGGAGAUCCUCGAAGAGUGACAAUAUUCGGGUCUGGAGCUGGAGCGUCAUGUGUCAGCCUGUUGACUUUGUCCCACUAUUCAGAAGAUCUGUUCCAGAAAGCAAUCAUUCAGAGUGGUACAGCUCUGUCUAGCUGGGCCGUUAACUACCAGCCAGCCAAGUACACGCGAAUGCUGGCUGAGAAGGUGGGCUGCAACGAGGACGACUCUAUGGAAAUGAUCCAGUGCCUCCAGAAUAAGAACUACAAAGAGCUCAUUGAGCAAAACAUAACUCCUGCCAAGUACCACAUUGCUUUCGGACCUGUAAUUGAUGGAGACGUUGUGCCAGAUGACCCACAGAUCCUGAUGGAGCAAGGCGAGUUUCUGAACUACGAUAUCAUGCUCGGGGUAAACCAGGGCGAGGGCUAUAAAUUCGUGGACGGUAUCGUGGACAACGAGGACGGCGUUGCUGGAAAUGACUUUGAAUUUGCUGUGUCGGACUUCGUGGAUAACUUGUAUGGCUAUCCAGAAGGGAAAGAUACCCUGCGAGAGACAAUAAAGUUCAUGUACACAGAUUGGGCAGAUAAGGAGAAUGCAGAAACAAGACGUAAAACGUUGGUUGCGCUUUUUACGGAUCACCAGUGGGUGGCGCCCGCUGUGGCCACUGCGGAUCUACAUGCUCAGUACGGUUCACCUACGUAUUUCUACGCCUUCUACCACCACUGCCAGAGCGAAAUGAAGGCAGGCUGGGCAGAUUCUGCUCAUGGAGAUGAACUUCCAUACGUUUUUGGCAUCCCAAUGAUUGGCCCAACUGAUCUCUUCAGCUGCAACUUCUCUAAGAAUGAUGUAAUGCUGAGUGCUGUGGUUAUGACCUACUGGACUAACUUUGCUAAAACUGGAGACCCAAACCAACCGGUUCCCCAGGAUACGAAAUUUAUUCACACCAAACCUAAUCGCUUUGAAGAAGUAGCAUGGUCCAAAUACAAUCCGAAGGACCAGCUGUAUCUUCACAUUGGUCUCAAACCUCGUGUCCGAGACCACUACAGGGCCACGAAGGUUGCUUUCUGGCUUGAGCUAGUGCCACAUUUGCACAACAUCAAUGAACUUUUCCAAUACGUAUCAUCAACCACCAAGAUCCCGCCUCAGGAUACGACUCCUUUCUCAUACACCAAGCGCUUAUCCAACAAACUCUGGCCGUCCACCACCCGGCAUCCCUCGGUUCCUUCGUCCAACACCAAGCAGUCCACAGACCAGCAGAAGAAUUCGGAGCAUGAGGACAGUUCUGUAACCAUAGAAGCUCGAGACUAUUCCACCGAGUUGAGCGUCACUAUCGCCGUCGGAGCGUCCUUGCUCUUUCUAAACAUCUUGGCCUUCGCAGCCCUCUAUUACAAGAAGGACAAGCAUCGUUUUGAGUCCACUCGGCGUCCGAGUCCGCCGAGGAACCUUGUUAAUGAUGUACCAAGGGUUCCAAGCGAGGAUCUAAUGUCCUUGCAGAUGAAGCAACUAGAUCACGAUCAUGAUUGUGAGUCAUUACAGGGGCACGACAUGCUCAGGCUCACUUGUCCUCCGGACUACGCCCUCACUUUACGCCGUUCCCCGGACGACUUCCCAAUCAUGACGCCAAACACCAUCACCAUGAUCCCCAAUUCUCUCUCGGGUAUUCAGUCACCGUACCAUCCUUUUAAUCUGUAUGCCAACAGCACUCCGAGCAAUACCGGCCUCCCUCAUGGACACUCUACCACUAGAGUAUAAUUCAGUGCCAAUGACUGUACUUUACAAGCAGCAGAUUAUUAUUUAAGUCAAACAGAGUGCACCUGCUUGUUUGGAGACGAGCACCAAAGGUGUUAUUUUAUUACUGACUACUCUAUGAACUAUCUCAAAUAACCUGUAUAAUGUGAACAAUGAAUGUAAUGAUUUUCACAUUUAUGGCAAAGCCAAGCAAGCAUAGGACUCUCCUUUGAUCUCUAGGACUACGCUAGCCUAUAUGAGAAAACCCAUCGUUUGUGUCCUGAUCUCUUUGCUUAGAUUGCGCAGUGAUCUCCCUCAAUCCUGUCAGUAAUAUCAUCAGGGUUUCUUUGUUGAUUGGUUGCUCUGAUAGAAGCAAUAGAUGCAUUCGCCGUGAUCAUCACAGCUGUCUUUAAGCACUGAGAUCAAU